UUUGAGAGAAAACGAUUGGUGCCUCGUCCAAUGACAUGCGAUUUCCACUGUUAUGAUCACGAUUUGUUUUCUUGGAAAAAAAAACAUGCUCCUUCCCACUAACAGAAACGCAAAUGUGUCUACUUCACUCUACCCCCUUCUACACUGUUUGUUCUUUCCAGCCAUGACCUGUCUCUUUUUCUACCUAUUACAGGCUAAUACAAGUGGGAUGUGGAUCUGCAUCUUUUUUGUUUUUUCAUUCUGUGUUUCGAUGAGAAAUCCUGCCAAAACACGAAUCAGGGUGUCGGUUCCCACCCUUUUGUGACUGAAAACACCUUGUCGCAAGACCAAUCAUAGAAAGGGUUUACCCGAUUCCUAGCUCAUGACAUUAUCUCUUUGCGGUGGGAUUGCAAUUGGAGGAAAAAUAAAAGAAAGAGGACGACGGGCUUGUAACUUCCCAAAGAAGGAUGGACGAUAUUGUAAU